GGGACAGACCCGGCUCGGGCUGCUUUCGUUCGUUCGCUUUGCGCCGGACAUGGAGAAAGGCAUGCACUUGGAUAGAGCCUGCGGUUGUAGUCGGGCACUGGGUCUUGCUAGCUAACUGUCUGCUGCCAUGAACGCACUUUCUCACUCGGGAUUCUCUAGAGCCAAGAACUGUUAGACCCUUCAGUCAAGGCCAGACUGCCAAUACAGUCCCAGCUAUUGAAGUAACAGGUUUGGAGAACCUGCCUGAACGCCCUACACUUCUGGAGCAAAGAACUUAGAGGGUCCCAAAGUCCUGCUGGGAGAAAAAUACCUUUCUGCAAUAUUCAGGUCCCAGAGAAGUUACCUCUUUGACAGGCAGGUGUUCCAAGUGGCACUUGGCCACCCUCACCACCCCCCAGGCAUCCUGACCAGUGUAUGGACACCACAGACACAGACACCAUUGCAGCAGCUUCUGGAAGCCUAGUCUGAAACUGGAAUGGGAAACUCCAGCACCAACCAGACGUGUUUCACAGAUGACUCUUUUAAGUACAAUCUGAAUGGCGCAGUUUACAGUGUCGUGUUCAUCCUUGGCCUGAUAACAAACUGUGCAUCCCUUUUUGUCUUCUGCUGUCGGAUGAAAAUGAGGAGUGAGACUGCCAUUUUCAUCACCAACCUGGCCCUCUCUGAUUUGCUCUUUGUUUUUACCUUGCCUUUUAAGAUUUUUUACAACUUUAACAGACACUGGCCUUUUGGUGACACCCUCUGCAAGAUUUCUGGGACUGCAUUUCUCACCAAUAUCUAUGGAAGCAUGCUUUUCCUCACCUGCAUCAGUGUUGACCGAUUCCUUGCUAUUGUCUAUCCCUUCCGCUCUCGUACCAUCCGGACAAGAAGAAACUCUGCCAUCGUGUGUGCAGGAGUGUGGAUACUGGUCCUCAGUGGUGGGAUAUCAGCCUCUUUGUUCUCCACAACCAAUGUCUCCAAUUCCACAACAACCUGCUUUGAGGGAUUUUCCAAGCGCAUCUGGAAGACCUAUUUGUCCAAGAUCACUAUAUUUAUUGAAGUGGUAGGCUUCAUCAUUCCUUUACUCCUGAACCUCACAUGCUCUUCCUUGGUACUUCGAACCCUCCGGAAACCUGCAACACUGUCCCAGAUUGGAACCAACAAAGAGAAAGUGCUGAAGAUGAUCAUUGUGCAUGUGGCCAUUUUCAUUGUCUGUUUUGUGCCAUACAACUCUAUUCUCUUCCUCUAUGCUCUGGUCCGCUCCCAAGCCAUAACCAACUGCUCCUUGGAGAGGUUUGCCAAAACGAUGUACCCCAUUACGCUGUGUAUUGCGACACUCAAUUGCUGCUUUGACCCAUUCAUCUAUUACUUCACAUUGGAGUCCUUUCAGAAGUCUCUUUAUAUCAACACCCAGAUCAAAAUGGAGUCGCUUUUCAAGACUGAAACACCACUGACGGCGAAGACUUCUCUUCCAGCGAUCCAGGAGGAACUCAGUGACCAGGCGAUGACUAAUGGGGGAGAACUCAUGUUGGAAUCCAACCUCUAACCAUGCUACAGAUCUUGCAUUCAUUCUGUAUUGUACAACUUCCCAAUGAUGAGACCCUGAGCAACAGCUUUGAGUCUAAUAUCACAGAAACUAGUGACACACUGCCUGCCUCAAGGAGGAUCCGGAUUCUUGUAGUAACACAUGCCACUUUUUUCCGAUACCAACAGGUCUAAUGCUGUUAUAACAUCCUGAGGGAGUACCAGAUUUUUUGCUAUCCUAGAGUUUUGCUAUGUGAAAUGAAUGGGUGGAAGAAAUCUUUGUUAUCUAGUGAUUGUCAUUCGAAUGGUAAGUGGAGCGACAUGACUGGACUUGGAGCCAUAGAAUCAAGUCAGGAAAUGGAAAAUCAAGUCUAUCAGCUUACUACUCAUAGCUACAUGCUAUAUCCCCCCCUUCUCUACGAAGAAAGCCAGUGGUUCCUCCAUUCACUUUGAAUGGCUGUUUUUUGGAUAUCAAGCCAGCAGUUUUCCUCAUUCUUCAAACUAACUCCAAGAGUAUAUUUUUGAGUUUUAUUUUCAUUGAAACAUUCAAUUGAACAACAAUUAAAUACCUACUACAUGCAAGGCACAGACCAGCUCAAUUUGGCGUGUGUGUCUGUGUGUGUAUGUGUUUAAGAACAGGAGAGAAGAGUUACUGAAGUAACUGGCUCUUCUGAUCAGAAUACUUGCAAUAUAAACCACCAGACAUGGUGAUGUGUUCAAGUGCAUGCUUAUUUUACCUUUAUAUUUGUGUACUUUUCUUACUAGCAACAUUCGGAUUGAAAACCUGGGCACAUCAUAGCUGAAAAGUAUCUGAAUCUGUGCUCAG